AUGGCGCUCAGCCUCAUGCCCCCUUCAAGCAUUGCCCUCCUCGCUCCACGGGGUCGCGUCAGAGUCGGGUCAGCGGCGCUGCCGCCGCCGGCGUCCAGGUUCCGCGCCGCGUCCUCUUCAAGAAGGCGCAGUGGUGGGAGGAGGAGGGGGCUGGCCGUCGUGGCGGCCUCGGAGGGAGGCCAGGAGGAGGAGGAAGAGGGUCCCGCAGCGGCGGCGGGGAGGAUGAACCUCAACGAGUACAUGGUCGCCGUCGACCGCCCGCUCGGCCUCCGCUUCGCGCUCGCCGUCGACGGCCGCAUCUUCGUGCAUUCUCUCAAGAGAGGGGGAAAUGCGGAGAAGUCGCGAAUCAUAAUGGUCGGGGACACUCUCAAGAAGGCAGGCACUGUCCACAAUGAGGGUCUUGUCAGCAUAAAAGACCUAGGUGACACGGAGUAUGGCACUAGUAAAGUUUCUAUUGCUGAAACCUUCUUCGCAUUCUUCAAGUAUCACAGAAAAAUCAUUGUGCUAGAUAGGAGGAUGGUUCUAAAACAAGAGUCAGGACCAUGCAAUCUUGUCCUUGAAAGGCCAGUUGCGCCUUAUCCAAUACACCAGUUGCAUAAAAAUGAAGAUUAUCAUAUCCUAUUUAACAGAGGGAGGGUUUCUCUUCCGACCUGGAAUAGUGCUAUCUUGUCCUCAAAGCUGAAUAAAUCAUCUCCAGGAAAUGGGAAAUCUGGUUUUGCUAUAUUUUCCCCAAGGCUACUAAGUUCCCAAGGAUGGGCGCUUUUAUCUAGUGAGAAAGAUGGACUCAAUAGGAGGAGUACGAACCUUGCAAAUUGGAUGAGUGAGAUUGUUGGCUUUUACUCUGAUGAGGAUGACAUGGAUGCUGAAUGGGCACAUGGUAGUUUUCCUUUGGAGGAGUACAUUAAAGCCCUAGACCGUGCUAAAGGUGAACUGUACUAUAAUCAUUCACUUGGUAUGCAAUACAGCAAGAUUACUGAGCAAAUAUAUGUUGGAUCAUGCAUACAAACACAGAAGGAUGUGAAGAUGUUAUCAGAGACGGUGGGUAUUACUGCUGUCCUGAAUUUCCAAAGUGAAAGUGAGCGCAUUAAUUGGGGAAUAAAUUCCGAGGCAAUCAACAAUUCUUGUCGUCAGAACAACAUCUUGAUGAUUAACUACCCUAUUCGAGAGGUUGAUUCCAUGGACUUGAGAAAGAAGCUUCCUUUUUGUGUUGGUCUUCUUUUGCGGCUGAUACGGAAGAACUACCGUAUAUAUGUGACUUGUACCACUGGAUAUGAUAGAUCACCAGCAUGUGUGAUUGCGUAUCUACAUUGGGUUCAAGAUACACCUCUUCAUAUUGCUCACAAGUUCAUCACUGGGUUGCAUUCAUGUAGACCUGACAGAGCUGCAAUUGUUUGGGCAACUUGGGAUCUCAUUGCAUUAGUUGAAACUGGAAGACAUGAUGGCACUCCUACACAUUCAGUGUGCUUUGUUUGGAACAAUGGUCGGGAGGGUGAUGAUGUGGAAUUGGUGGGGGAUUUUACAAGUAACUGGAAAGACAAAUUAAAGUGCAACCACAAGGGUGGAUCCAGAUAUGAAGCUGAGGUUCGACUUCGACAUGGGAAGUACUACUACAAGUUCAUAGUUGGGGGUAACUGGAGGCACUCGAGUUCGUUGCCGUCAGAGACAGAUGAACAUGGGAACGUCAACAAUGUGAUCAGAGUCGGUGACAUCGCCCGGAUUCGUCCUGCUCCCAGCCAAUUGCAGAUAAAGGAUCCAUCUGUUGUUAAGGUGAUAGAGAGGACACUGACCGAGGAUGAGCGGUUUUCGCUGGCCUUUGCGGCACGCCUCAUGGCAUUUGCAAUCUGCCCAAUCAGAUUGGCUCCGAAGCAGUAG